UGCUCCCUCCAGGUAUAUAUUAAGUAUAUGCUCUAAGAUUGAAUGUGGUUUAUGGUUUUGUGGUUUUGGUAUAAAGGUAUAAUACACAAUUGUGUGUAAAUAUUACAAUGUGUUAGUAUUUAUGGACAAAUUGAUUGUAUGCUUACUUUUACGUGUGAAUCUUGAAUCUGUGCUGUAAAUCGUUUCGGAUAAAUACUUAAUUAGUAUAUCAAUAAUGUCGUAACUGUUAACGGUAAACACAAAGACGAGUAGGCAAGCAGGUAGUAAACAAAGUGUGAAGCAAAGAACUUUUAGGAAUAUAGUUUGUCAAAAUUUUGUUUACGUAAUGGCGUCAGUUGGUGAGAACACGACAGAAUUCAAGGACGAUACUGGAUCCACUACGAGUAUAGUCAACGUUUUGCCAGAUGUCACUCAGAAAGCAAUAAUAAUGGAUAAAGAUCCGGAGCUGUGUUCUGCCCCACCCAAAAAGUCACGAGUGGAAAUUCAGUCAUUACCUCCACGUCAAUAUUUAGACCAAACAGUAGUACCCAUCUUGCUGCAGGCACUUUCUAAAUUAGCUAAGGAACGACCACCAGAUCCAAUUAAUUACUUAGCGUCUUACCUCUUACGAAACAAAAGUUUAUAUGACUCAGGAGGAUCGCCACCCACGACUCAGUGAUUGUACAUACAUUCAAAAAUUUUGUGAACAAGAGUGCGUGCUCAUGCUUGCAAACAAUUAUUUUGGUCAGUGAUAAAUAUUCAACACGUAAUCUAUUUCAAUUUGCAAUGUGUGUUUAAUAAAAUUUAUAUUUUUCGCAAUGAUGACCAAUCGGUUUUUUUUUAAGUAACGAAUUGUAACAUAUCUAUCCGAAUUUUACCAAUAACAUUUAUGUAUACCAUGUUUAAUAAAAUAUUAUCUA